AUGAAUGUGGAUAAAGAUAAUUCAGAGGUUAAAGUAAACAUUUUUGAUAAUGAAAAGAUUUCAAAGGAAUUGGCACAACCAGUUGACUCUCAGGAAGCUGAGAUCCCAACCCAAACAAAGCAACCGUCAAAGACUGAAAAACCUACUGAAGGUAAAGGUACCUGCACAGGGCCACUGGAGACAGAGAUAUCGGUUGAGAUGCAAACCCAAACUUAUCCACCGGAGGAAAAUGCAAGCAAAAUGGAUACACCUGAUGGAAGCAAAGACAUAAUAAAGAUAAUUGGCCAGACAUCUGGCACAUCUACAGGUGAAUUCAGACGUACCAAUAUUACAGAGAAAUUGGGGCAUUGGGCAAAAUCAUGUCCGCUUAAGAAGAGUAAGGAAAGCAAGACUGAUAGCAAUGUGAAGUAUAAAAUGAUUUGGCAAAUGAUUGAUAAAAAAGGAGACUCAUCAGCUGAGUGUGAUCAAAAUAAGGAAGUAAUGGAACUAGUAAAUGAGGUUAAGAAGGGUGAGAAUAGUAAUAAUGAAAAACAGGAUUGUGUCUGCUCUAAUAACCAAACAGAGAGUACUAAAGAGGGGGAGAAAGGUAGAGAGUUGAACAACAAAAAUAACCCAGAGGACCCAGAGGUUGGAUCUGUCAGUCAGGAGAAGAAAGAGGUAAUUCCCAAUGAAGUUGUGCCUAUUUCUUCUUUCUCAAAAUCAAUUGAGGAAAACUUCAAUGAAGCUCAAGUGUUUAACCCUUCUGAUAUCGAGCCCUUAUUGAUUUUAACUAAUGGAAGCCCAAAGCCUCCUCAAUGUAAAACCUCAUCACAUAGUGUGGUAAUGGAUAUCUUGGAAGGAAAUCUCCAGAUUCUUGGUUCGAAAGAGGGAAAAUUGAAUAAGGAGGAACUCAAUGGAGGAGGUAAUGGGUAUGGCAGCAGUCAAAAUAAUGGACAUAAUAGAGGUAACAAUGGUAACUAUGGAAAUGGUAGUGGUGGAGAUAGGAACAACAAUAAUGGGAAUGGAGGUAAUAAUGAAAACAAUGGCAAUAAUAAUGGUGGUGGAAACAGUGGGAACAUUGGUAACUAUGGAAACAAUGGUGGAUUCAAUAGAGGAAGUAUGAACAAUCAAGGCAACCAUCAUGUCUUUGCAAAAAGUGGAGAAAAAUCAUAUUACUUGCAGGAUACUGAUGGAGAAGUGCUGGAAUUUCCAAUUCAUGCACAAUAUCUCAAACAUUUCUUCUCUUGA